GCGCAUACCCCGCAGAAUCACAGCUUACCCAACAUGGCCCCUUCCGCGACUACGCACACUGCUGUCACAACCGCUUCGAAUGAUGCAGGGAAGUACGCCCCAAAGGCGAGCGGCAACACCCUCGGAAAUGGGCGCACUCCCGCGCACAUCUCGUCGGCGGAGGUAAUCAGUCUGGAGCACCAGUACGGAGCGCACAACUAUCACCCGCUUCCUGUGGUCUUCGAAUCCGCGAAGGGCGCGAAAGUAUGGGACCCCGAGGGCAAGGAGUACAUUGACAUGCUCUCCGCGUACUCGGCUGUCAAUCAGGGUCAUUGCCACCCCAGGAUCGUCGCCGCCCUCGUUGAGCAGGCACAGAAGCUCACCCUGUCUUCUCGCGCCUUCUACAACUCUGUCUUCGGCCGGUUCGCCCAAAAGAUCACCGACAUGUUCGGCUACGACAUGGUGCUCCCCAUGAACACGGGCGCGGAGGCUGUGGAGACCGCCCUCAAGCUCGCCCGCAAGUGGGCAUACGAAAAGAAGGGCGUCGCCGACGACCAGGCGAUCAUCUUCAGCGCGGCGGGCAACUUCCAUGGCAGAACGCUCGGCGUAAUCAGCAUGAGCACUGAUCCGGAAAGCCGUGGCGGCUUUGGGCCAUACCUGCGUGCCGUCGGUCCGGAGUACGAUGACAACGGCGUGGUGAAAACGAUUCGCUACGGCGAGAUCUCGGAUCUGGCGCGUGCGCUGGAGCUGCAUGGGAAGAACACGGCAGCUUUCCUGGUGGAGCCCAUUCAAGGUGAAGCCGGUAUCGUUGUACCUCCCGAGGGCUACUUGGCAGCCGCGAAAGAUUUGUGCAAGAAGCACAAUGUUCUGUUUAUCUGCGAUGAGAUCCAGACCGGUCUCUGCCGGACAGGCAAGCUGCUGUGCUGCGAGCACGACAACAUCCGCCCGGAUGUUAUUCUGCUUGGGAAGGCCCUCUCUGGCGGAGUCUACCCCGUUUCCGCCGUGUUGGCGGAUCGCGAUGUGAUGCUCUGCAUCCGCCCCGGCGAGCAUGGCAGCACAUACGGCGGCAACCCCCUCGGAUGCGCCGUCGCGAUGACCGCCCUCGAUGUCCUCGUGGAGGAGAGCCUCUCGCAGCGGGCGGAGAUCCUCGGCGAGAAAUUCCGCUCGGCGAUCCGCGCAUUCAACUCCCCGCUCGUGAAGGAGGUCCGGGGCCGCGGCCUGCUCAACGCCGUCGUCAUUGACGAGGAGAGCAGCUCGACGGGCUGCACCGCCUGGCAGCUGUGCCUGCUCCUCAAGAGCAGGGGCGUGCUCGCGAAGCCCACGCAUGUGAACAUCAUCCGGUUCGCGCCGCCGCUGGUCAUCUCGGAGGAGGACAUGAUGAAGGCGGUGGAGAUCAUCCGGUCGUCCCUCGAGGACCUCGACAAGCUCCAGGACAUCCCCGGGGAGGUCGAGAGCGAGAAGGGGCACAAGGACACGAUCACGAACUGAGGCCGGACCGCGCGAUCCAUGCAUACACAGACGGACAUUGCCGCUCUGCGGCGUUUCAACAACACCCUGUAGCUCUAGCAUCAGCCCCCCGGACGCGAUCGCUAUGUACUGUAGCAAGUCAGCCACCCAUGUAUGGCCAUCAUCUUCGCAUUCACAUGAAGAGCCC